UGUUUAACAAAGCUGAGCCCGAGCGCUCUGUGGCACUGAGCUCUCCUGGCAGGGAGGGGAGACAUUUCCCUGACUCCUCGCUGACUCACUUCUCUAUCUGCACGCCCGAAGGCUGGGUCUGACGGGGCGCGAAAGAGAACCAUACCGUCCACUUCAUCAGGUCUCCAUUAGCGGACAAAUAACCAGAACCUCAAACCCAUUACCUCGCUCAUGGGGCACCACAAGUGAGGACUCUAGAGGUUCUGCCCUGCCCUGCCCUGCCCUGCCCUGCCCUGCCCUGACCUGCCCUGUCUAUCUGUGUGAGGAUCUUCUGCAGUGAGCCAAGGUGUAGCAAGAGACCGUGAGGGCAGACUGGAGUGGUGGGAGUAAAGGGCCUGGAUUCAGACUAGCACAGAACUGCACUCAGGCCGCCUGUUUUCUGCACAGAUGGAGAUCCAGACAGCUACCUGGUGCACCUGAAACCUCUCAGGGGUAUGUAAAAGGGAGUGUGGUGGUCAGGGCGAUGAAUGUGAAGACCACAGAGAAGAGUCCUGAACACACAUUUCCGAAGCCUCACCAUGCUACCGGGGACACAAGCGAUCCAGUCCCUCACACUCCUACCCAGAGAUCUACUCAAAGGGAGAGCAAGAACGUCUUGCAGUUGAGGCUCCAACAGAGGAGGACGAGGGAACAGCUGGCAGACCAGGGCAUCAUGCCUCCCUUGAAGAGCCCAGCUGCAUUCCAUGAGCAGAGGAAAAGUCUCGAGCGCUCCAAGACCGGGGAUUACUUAAAACAUAAAAUCAGAAGUAGACCAGAGAAGUCAGACUUGGUCAAGAUGCGUAUAUUACCAGAUUCGGCAUCCAGGGAGGGCUCGCCUACACACCGCGAAACUCCGACGAAAUUAAAACGGGCCCGGCUCGCCGACGACCUUAACGAGAAAAUCGCUCUCAGGCCUGGUCCUCUGGAGCUGGUCGAAAAGAAUAUCAUUCCUGCCGACUCGACCGUUAAAGAGGCAGUCAUGAGAGUGAACCAUGGGAAGUUCCCCAAGCAGGAGGACUCGUACGCCUUCGAGGAGGACAGCAGCAGUGAGAGCCUGUCCCCCGACCAUCCCCUGAGUGACGAGUCCCAGGGCUCCGCCGGCCCCCUCGCCGAGACGAAGGGCAACGCGUCGCCCUCCUCCUCCUCCUCCCUCACGAGCCCCCCACAGGGAUCCCACUGCAGUGAUUCUGUCAAUCAUGGUCAAGAGGAGAAUGCUCUGGAAUCAAACAGCAAACAAGCCACAGCUCCUAUCCCUGUCCCUGCCAUAGUAAAGCCCCCUAAGACAUCAGACAAAAACCGCCACAAGAAGCCCAAAGACAUCAAGCCCAAAGUCAAGAAGCUGAAGUACCACCAGUACAUCCCCCCAGACCAGAAGGCGGAGAAGUCCCCCCCGCCCAUGGACUCGGCCUACGCCCGGCUGCUCCAGCAGCAACAGCUCUUCCUGCAGCUGCAGAUCCUCAGCCAGCAGAAGCACCAGCAGCAGCAGCAGCAGCACUCCCAGUGCCCCCAGCAGCAACAGCAGCAGCAGCAGCAGCAGCAGCAUCAUCACCAGUCCCAGAGCUUCAGCUACCAGCCUCUGCACCAGCAGCAAGGAAACAGGCAGUCCAGUGAGCAGCUGUCCACGUGUAGCUCGAGUGCCGCUAGCAGUACAGUGAGCAGCUCCUCGUCUCCAGUGAAGACCACCUACUGCAGUCCCACCACUGUCAACCCUGUCAAGCCCGGGCCUCUGCCUCCCAAUCUCGAUGACCUAAAAGUGUCUGAGCUAAGGCAACAGUUGAGAAUCCGGGGUCUCCCAGUGUCAGGAACCAAGACCGCCUUAAUCGAGCGGCUCCGCCCCUUCAGAGACUGCUCCGGCUCGCCCUCGCAGGCCGGCGACAUCACCACGGUGACGUUCCCCGUGACGCCCACCGGCUCGCUGUCCUCCUACCAGUCGCCGAGCUCGUCCAGCGCCAUGUCGCACGGCGGCUACUACCCCUUCUGCAGCACCAGCUCCACGCCGCCCAUCUCGCCCGCCUCGUCCGAGCUGUCGGUCAGCGGCUCCCUGCCGGACAGCUUCAGCGACGUCACCAUGUCCUCGCCGCAGUUCGGCCUCCAGGCCUCCCCGGGCCAACUGAGCGCCGACGAGAGCCUGGUGGGUGGCCUCGGAGGAGGAGGAAGCAACGGUGGCUGUCACGGGACGGGGAGCGGAGGAGGCGGAGGAGGAGACGGUGGGCCAGGGCUGGACGCCGAGAAGGACAAGAUGCUGGUGGAGAAGCAGAAGGUGAUCGAGGAGCUGACGUGGAAGCUGCACCAGGAGCAGCGGCAGGUGGAGGAGCUACGCAUGCAGCUGCACAAGCGUAAGCGCACCCACGGCUUCCAGGACCAGACCCCUCCUCCUCCUCCGUCAGCUACUCCACAUCUGCCCCCGCUGCACCAGGCCCAGGGAACCCCGCUGGGCCCUCAUCAUGGCCAGCAGCCGCACGGCCUCCACCUGCACCCCACAAACCCCAACCAGAUGCAGCACUUCUACGCCAAUGUAUCGGUCAAGCAGGAGCACGUCGCCUCCAGCUGCCCUCUGGCCUCCAAGACCAUGAAGAACGGCGCCGGGCAUCCCAACGGUGGCGGCGGCGGCAGCAGCAGCAGCUGCAUGGAGGGCAUGGGGCACUGUGGCAUGAUGGGAGCCCCGCCGCGCUGCCCGGAAGCCCCGCCAUCACGGAGCCCCUCGGGCCUCUCGGCCUUCCUCAGCCCCCAGUGUUCCCCACAAGACUCACCGGGCACCAAGACUUCCAGCAGCCCCCAGCCAAACAGCCUGUCCUCGUCACCCAACCACCCCUACAUGAUGUCGCCCCCAAUGGGCAGGGAUGGCUGUGCCCACUCCCAAGGCGGCACCAGGCCUCGCAACAUGCUGAUCCAGCAGAAGAACGUCAGUCAGUCCUUAAACUGCCCCUAUCCCUCUGACCAGAGAGGUCUGCAGGCCAUAUACACCAGCCCAACUGAUUUGGGCCUCAAUGAAAGAGCCACCUCCAAAGCCAAAAGCCCCCACAUGCAACCCAAGAUGGCAGUUAUGCACUCACCCCGGCACCCCGGCCCCAAGUGCCCCAUCACCUCCACUGCCUUCUGUAGCUCAGAACCCGCUGCAUCCAAGAUUAAACAGCCCCCCUGCUAUGAGGAUGCAGUCAAGCAGCAACUGACUAGAAGUCAACAGAUGGAUGAGAUUCUCGACGUACUCAUUGAAAGUGGAGAAAUGCCGGCUAACGCCAAGGACGAGAGGUCCUGUGUAACCAAAGUUGUGCCUCACCUUACAGUGUCAGCGGGCAGUGCCAGUGGCAUCGCCGUGCCCAAGUUCCAUAGACACUAUGGCCACAUGUCGCCCUCCCAGAUGUCCUUCGAGCACGCUGUGAGCCAUGGGGACUGCCACCUUGAGGCACUGUUGAGCAGUCCCGUGAGUCGGCAGGGCGACAUCGUCCUGCUCAAGAUCGUUCUGGGAGCUUAUGCGAUGGAGGAUAUACUUGGUUGUGGGCCAUGA